AUGUCGUCGCUCAGUAAGCUGCUACUCCGCAAUGCGAGUCGGAGGAGUGGAAAUCUGUCGCCUAUGAUGCCACAACUAUCAUCGCCGAGGGUCGUCCGACGAGAGCUGCAUCUCGCACCGCCAUUCCUCCUAGACGACUAUAUACCACGCUAUCAGCUGCUCAGCUCUGUUGAUGCCGCAAAGAAGCGCUCCAAGGCGUACGCCCACUUGAGAAAUUGCAAUCUCUGUCCUAGGCUUUGCGGCGUCAACAGAUAUGAGACCACUGGAAUGUGUCUCAUUGGAGCUGAUGUCAAGGUCAAUGUGAUUGCGCCGCACUUUGGUGAGGAACCAUGUAUACAAGGCCACAAUGGCUCUGGUUCUGUCUUCUUCUCGGGUUGCAAUCUGCGGUGCACAUUCUGCCAAAACCAUGAUAUCGCCCACCAGCGAAACGGAAUGGAUCUCACGCCGGAGGAUCUCGCACAGUGGUAUAUGAAAUUGCAAGAGACGGGAGGAGUGCACAAUAUCAAUCUCAUAACUCCCGAACACGUAGCACCACAGGUCGCCCUAUCCAUUCUCGCGGCGAGGGACCUGGGUUUGAGGAUCCCCAUCAUUUACAACACGUCUGCUUUCGACUCGCUCGAAUCUCUCGAGCUCAUGGACGGUCUGGUAGACAUAUACCUGCCCGACUUUAAGGUCUGGAACCAGGCCACCAGCAAACGCCUGCUCAAGGCCGACGACUACGCCAAGACAGCCUGCGAAAGCAUCAAAGCCAUGCAUGAUCAGGUUGGGGAUCUAUGUUUCACACCCGACGGGCUCGCCAAGAAGGGCGUUUUGGUACGCCAUCUCGUCAUGCCCGGCAAGGAAGAAGAGGGAAAACAAAUCAUGCGGUAUCUGGCCGAGAAUUUGAGUCUCGACGUCUUUGUGAACAUCAUGGAGCAGUACCGCCCAGCUGCGCAUGUGGGCAAGCCAAGACGUAGAAAGAUUACGGAACCAGGCGGGUUGCAGGCGGAUGCCAAAGAUUCAGACGACGUUAGAUACGCUGAAAUUAACCGGCCAGUCACUGAGGAGGAAGUUGGCAGCGUCAGAAAGGCAGCCGAGCAAGCCGGGCUCUGGCGGUUCAAUGAUCCGCCAAGGCAUGCCGGCUUUGCUAUUUGA